UCUACUGUGUGACAGAUUGUUUCUGAAUGGCAAGUGUGGCUGUCAAGUGCCAACUACUAAGAAACAGGUAUGCCUACACUAAGAAAAACAUGCCAUUGAAUUUAUUAGAUAUUCUGAUGUAAAUAUGCCUAGAUGUAGUAACCUAAUGACUCAAUACCACAUGUUCUUUAAUAAUUAAUUAAGUAAUACAAGUUAAUAGCUAAUACACAUAGUACAUAGUUAAUGUACAUACAUAUAUACAAAUAUAAACAUUUGUCUCAUAUCUCAUAAGGGCUUUUCACCCAGACAACCUUAUAAUACUAAGGUCAUUAUGUUACUAAUUCACUUUGUAACAUUACAAAUGAAAGAACAGUCCUAUUUGAGAAUUAUGGUGGAUAAAAAAAAAAAUUCAAGCUGACAGACACGAUGAGUUCAUUCCCAAACGAUAAUGCAUAAGCCUAUUUAAUAAUAACAACAACAACAACAAUAAUAAUAAUAAUAAUAAUAAUAAUAAUAAUAAAUCUGUAGGAUACUGUUUGCAGUUCUUUCCAUUUCGUUGAUCUCCACAAUGCAUUCAUGUUUAAUCUUUCAUGCAUAGUAUUCACACUCAUCGACAGUCAAAUUAAGGUCUAUCCAUCCAUCCAUCUUCUAUACUGCUUACUCCUUUUCAGGGUCACAGGGAAACCUGGAGCCUAUCCCAGGGAGCAUUGGGCACAAGGCGGGGUACACCCUGGACAGGGUGCCAGUCCAUCGCAGGGCACACAAACACAUACACACAUUCACACACCCAUUCAUACACUAUGGACACUUUGGACAUGCCAAUCAGCCUACCAUGCAUGUCUUUGGACUGGGGGAGGAAACCCCCCGCAGCACUGGGAGAACAUGCAAACUCCGCACACACAGGGCCACUAUGGGAAUUGAACCCCCGACCCUGGAGGUGUGAGGCAAACGUGCUAACCACUAAGCCACCGUAGCCGGUAUUUUUUUAUUUAUUUAUUUAUUUAUUUUUAUUUUAUUUUUUUUUUAAAAAACACAUAGACAAUCCAUUUUACUUUUUAACAUUUGCUACUGACAGAAUCAAAAUUCAUAUAUCAUGCAAUUUUAUCUAAAUAAUCUUUAUCUAGGGGCAGUGGUGGCUUGGUGGCUUUUUCAGUCCCCAGCACUGCCAAGCUGCCACUGUUGGGCCCUUGAGCAAAGCCCUUAACCCUCUCUGCCCCAGGGACACUGUAUCAUGGCUGACCCUGCGCUCUGACCCCAACCUCCUAACAUGCUGGGAUGCGAAGAAAAUAAUUUCACUGUGCAUAUGUAUAUGUGAUCAAUAAAUACUCAUUAUCAUUAAAUCAUGUAUGAAUUUUAAAUUUUUGUUUAACCAUUUAUAAAACUAAUAAUGUUUACACUUUACAGUCUGUGCAUAUGGACGUGUGUGUAGUGUAAUCUGCGUAAUGACUGAUUUAAAGGGGGGAGGGGAAAAAGAAACAGCAUCAUUUUGGGCACGUGCGCUGUAUUUGUGCAGGCAGAUCUCUUGACCGUAGGAGGGGCGAACAAAGACAACCACGCCCAUUGGGCGUUUCCCUAAUCUACUGCUACAAUGAGGGGCUACAUGAUCAGCCCAGAGUAAACACACAGCUACCAGACUGAGAAGCAUGAGCGGACUGAACAGGGACAAUCCCACCAGUGACUAUAUAGCGCGAGUAACUCAUUUCUGGUCAUGUCUUCCACGAGAAAGCAGUAUUUUCUCCUUUCUUGUCUCGCUUUGGUGAUUGUUUGCUUGACGGUUGUUAUGAAGAAAUGGCACUUUGGUCUGAGAGGGAACUUUGGAGAUACUGCUCUGGACUUAACUCCUCUGCGCGGUGCAUUACUCCAGCAGAUCAGAGACAGACAGCAGGAGAUUGCUCCUUUUUACACCUUUAAUCAGGGACAUCGAUCACUAGUGGAUCAUCAGUCGACUUUUCCCAACGCAGACGCGAUAAGGAACACAACUCUGCAGGCUCUGGGGUCGGAGAUCGGAUGCAGGGAUCUGAGCGGCUUGACAGUUGUGGAUUUUCUCGGCGCCGGUUACACAAAAACAGUGUUAAAGGUCGUUUUACCUCGGGGUUUAGAAGUGGCGUUGAAAACCGUGAACAAUCAAGGGACAGACAUGAGAUCUUGCUUGGAGGAUUUCAGGGAUCCAGAGGGCUGCCAGGACCUCGUGUCCUUCAAACUGAGAAAAGAGAUCAUCCUGCUGCAGAGACUACAGCACCCUAAUAUUGUUAAGCUGAGAGGUCAGUGCCAGGACAGUGCCCUGGUGGGUGGCAUCACAGCAGUGUUGGAGCAGGGAACCCCAGUGCAGAUGAUUCAGCUCCUGCAGAGCCCCUGGGAAGAGCGCUUUCGGGUGUGUCUCGGCUUGGUCAGGCUUCUUCACUAUCUGUCUCUUUCUCCUCUUGGCUCUGUGGCCUUGCUGGACUUCCAGCCUCGUCAGUUCAUCAUGGUGUCUGGUGAGCUCAAGCUGACUGAUCUGGACGAUGCCGUUGUAACGGAGACACAAUGCAGGACAAGUUCAGAUUGCGUGCUGCAGUUUCCACUGCGCAACUUUACCUUCCCGUGCUCGGGCAGCGGAGUGUGCCAAGGCCUCAACGAGAUGAGGAACCUUUACAAUGCUUACAGAUAUUUCUUCAUCUAUCUGCUGCCUCAUCAGGCUCCAACAAUACUGAAACCUCUCGUGGAUCAGAUAAUGAAUACAACAGGGGAACUGAAACACAGUGUUAACAAAACACUGGAGGCCUUUGAAGAAGUCUUGCAUGUAUACAAAUCUGGGCUGAACAUGCCUUCAUCUGUAAUUAAAGACUAUGCUGUGCUGAAAGGCAUGGGUACAUCUGGAAAUAAGGAGUACAAGUGCUGGCCAUCCUACAACCAUCAAAGAUGCAUGCUCUCUGUGCACAGUGUUGUAGAAGCUGCCCACAUCUGCAGCUCUCACCCACAAUGCACCAGCUUCUCCGUCAGUCACCAGAAGACAUGGACAGGCCGACUUCUUGCCUCGUUCAGAAGUGGCUUCAGUCAUCUGGUUCCAGAUGUGAGCUCCACAGUCUACGUGAGGACGGCCAAAGCCUCGACAGCUACUCUUUAAGUAAGGGGAAAACAGAGCGAGGCAGAACGAGAGAUGCUUGGGGGGGCGGGAGAGCUAUGAAGUGAAUGAACGAGAUGUAUUUAUAGGCAUCACACUCAAAAGACUCUUUGAUCAGCCUGCCAAUGCCGCAUGCUGCCAAGAGGCGUCUAAAAGGAUUUCCCUUCAGGUAUAAUUACCUCUCCUUACACAAAAAGAAACACCCAGUCCUCUGUUUUUUCCAGUUUUGCUGUUGUGUUUGUAUGGCACAGUCGAAUGAAAGGAUAUUGAGCCGAUUCUAUACAAGCUCUUACAUAUAUUUACUUUGAUGUUAAUUGAGCCAGUAGUUCUGCGGUGUUGCGCUGCAUGCUGGAAUGCCUUAAACACAGUGUUGCAACAGGCAAGGAAAGAAGUACUGAAAUUACAGCUGUGUAGGAGCUGAGAUAGCUGUUUAGGAUCACUUUACUGAUCACUGCAAUUCAUUUUUACUUUUAUGCAGUCUACUUUUUCAUCCAGUGGAUGUGAUUGAUUUAGUUGUUCUUUCAGAGAAAGAGUUACUGUUAUUUGACAUUUUUGAAAUUGGGUUUUUUGCAGAAAGAAAUGAAUAAAAGUUUUUUGUUUUGUAGCUUC